CCCAAAAGCAAGAAAAGCCGACAAAACCCGUUCGUUCAGAGACACUUUUGCUCUGGCCCUCAUUCCGAGUCGUAAUUGAGUUUUUCUGGGAAAGAAGAAGGAUCGGAUUUACAGUACCAACUAGAAAGUCCAGUUCCACCAACCGAGAUGUCACAGGAGCAUGACAAGUAAGUGUUUUCAAUCACCACUGCAAGUCCAUUAGAACCAAUGUGUUGAACUCAUACAGCAUUCUCUACUUUGGUGCAAAAAUGAGCCGUCGAUAUUUGACUGUUUUUGAGGGGUUUUACUUGGUGCAUGUGGAUUCUAAUAGAGUGUGAGAAAGUUUACUUUUUGCCUGUCUGACAAAACGAGGAUGAUUCAAUAUCUGUAUUUAUCGUGCUUGGGAUCCGUGAGAGCGCCAUUGAGAGUUUACAAGCACAGUUUCACUUGUCGUGUUCCAGCCUGCAUGGCACAGGUGUACUGUAUCUCUCCACCUGUCGUGCUAGUUCAGGCGCCUGUUCAGAGUACUGUUCUGCCGUUCCGUCUGUCAGUAUUUGAUUUAGCUUACAAUAAUUGAAGAAAUUCGUCUUAAUACCCCCUGGAGGUGUUUGAUUUGGCUUUACCUUUGCAAGGCAUACGUUUUGCCUAUUGUUUUAGGCUACUUUAUUGAAAUUGAGGCAUUAUGCAUAUAUUUUCCUAUUUAUUUUAGGAUUGAAAUGCAGUAUGUGAUGCCUAAUCCAUGCUUGUAAUGUCAUUUCUAAUCGAAAAUUACAUUUUAAUCGAAAAAAUAUAAAUAAUGAUUUUUAGAAUGAUUUUAAUAUUUGCUCCAAAGUGGUCAAAUGUGGAUGUAUUUUGUCAGUUUGAGGGCAAUGACAAGGAGACUGUUGACUCCAGUGAAAUCAUACACCUGUUAGGCGUUGGCCCCUAUAGUCAAAGGAACAAUGUAAGCAAGCAUUCUCUCCGUUGUAUUGCAUACAGACAUACAGUCACUGGAUGAAUAAUUUAUUUUGACAGAAUUAUUUAAUUGAUUGAGAUAGUGAAUAUGAAGAAAAAAAAGGGAUUUUGAUAUUCACAAAUAGGCCAUUGUUGAAAGGGGGGGGAGUAGGCCAAUAAAUAACAACUUUUUCGUUUUAUGUUUUUAAUGUAAUUCCAAAUGUAAAAUGUGUAAUUUAGGCCAGCCUAUUUCCUGACAUCCAACAACGGUGUGAGAGGCAAUUGGGGUUCCUCUUCAACAUUUCUGGGAAAACAAUGUAGACAACGCUAUUUAUUCAGUGUCCAAUUCAAUGCUUUUUUUUCCAAAUAGAAAAAACGUUAAUGCUCCUUUGUUUUAACAAUGUAUUGCCAGUUAUUGCCAUUAACGAAUAUAUCGGGUUGAAAAUCCCUAACGCCUCAAUUUUACCCGGGAAACAGUUUGUGAAUGAAACAAUUAGAUAUUGGAUUACUAAUAAUAUGUUUACCUUGACCAGUCAGAAUAAAAGCCUUUUCUGUAGUAACUAUAGCUUGGAAACAAAAGGAAAUCAAUCCAUAAAUUCAGUGUAUGCCACUCUGGAGAAGCGUUCAUGUGAAUUGAGGAUAGAAAAGCUAUAGGUAUCAUAUCUCACGCUAGCUUUUAUUUUAUAGGAUCAUAGGAGACAUUUUGUUUGUAGAUAUAUUUAUUGAAUGAAAUAAAUAUGCCCAGUGUAGACUUUAGGUCUGAGAAGUCGUCAUUGUUUGCACUUUCAAUAUUGUUCCCACAUCCCACUUGAAAGCUCUAGGGUUCUGUUUGUGACUGUAAAAUCAUUCAGUUAAAAAUAAAACUACUGAGUAAUUGUGUGAUCAUGUCAUAUAACACACUACACUAUUCCAAGUUUGACCUUCACCCACAAUUGACAGAAAGACUGCAUUGCUUCUCAUAAUACAAUGGUGUAGACCUGGGCCUAAUAGGUUAAUAAUAAGUGCCUUAUCAAGUCCUAGAAGAAUAAGAUUUGUAUUGAUUUCUUAUACUGUAGAGUUACCUACCAACAUGUAAAUUAGAACUACAUUGACCCCCUCCCAUACACCUAGCCCCUUCACUAAACACCAGAAGAAGGUGUAGCCAAGUCUUUUUUUUUUUUUUUUUUUUUUUGUUCCUCUUCGAGAGAGGAUGCAUUACUUGCUUUCUUUGGGAGUGUAUUCAGUUAAGCUUGGUGAUGAUGAUGAUGACGAUGGCGAUAAAUGUUCUCAAACAGGUUCUCUAAAAAUAAAACAACAACCCAGUCUGAUAAACCCUGGAAUGUUGCACUAGAUCCUUCUGUGUAGAUAACAGACAGGUAACCAAUAGGAAACACUUAACAACAGACAGGUAACCAAUAGGAAACGCUUAACAGCAGACAGAUAACUAAUAGGAAACAUUCAAUAGCAGACGGGUAACCAAUAGGAAACUGUUGAUCAUCAUGAGCUGUCACACUGGAAGAGCCAGUCUUUUCUCCGAGAUGCCAUAAUCUCACAAAUUGCUGAGAUUUGUUGCACAAUCGUCUUGCUUGUACAACAGGUCUGGAAGAUAAAGUGUGACAUUGUUGAUCUCUCCAACUGUUAGUUGGUUGUGAACAAGGCAGUGAUUGUUGCUCUGACUGUCUGUUGAUAUAUUACGUGCUGUCAGUCUGGCGUAUCCAUCUGAUGAUUCACUGUCUGAUUUUUAAGUGAACCAGUUAGAGAAACAGGGUCACAUUAACUAUAUUAACAUAUUUAUAACUCAGUCCAUCUUAAAUGUGUAGCUUAUUAUUAUUAUUAUUAUUAUUAUUAUUGCAGCUCCUGGUUUUGACAUGUACUAUAUGUAGCACGAGUUGCUUUCUCCCAUGACAUUGUCACGGCACUCCUCCUAACCUCUCUCUCUCUCCUCUCUCCCCCUCUGCCAGUAAGAGGGCAGUCCUGGUGCUGCAGAAUGAUCCCAGCUACGGUCAGCGGCGGCCAUUCACCAACGAGGACGAGGCGUGGAAGUCGUUCCUGGAGAAUCCCCUGACGGCCGCCACCAAGGCCAUGAUGAGCAUCAACGGGGACGAGGACAGCGCCGCAGCCCUGGGCCUCCUCUACGACUACUACAAGGUAACAUAGAAGUGACAGAACCAAGGCUGGUUAUUACCGGUACAGGAGCUGUAUUCCCUCACAGGUGUCAUGACACUCCUAUAAGGUGUAUAUGGCUGCACUGUAAUUGAUUAUUAUCAAUUCAUAACAGCACAGCCACAAAUAAGCUCCCCACUUGGCAAGCAUCAAAAUGACAACCACACAAUUUGAACCAUUGUGUUUAUUAAUGAUUUAUAAACCCUUAUCCACUAGUACGGCCUAUGAAAUAUGUAUGCACUCACUAACUGUAGUCGCUCUGGAUAAGAGCGUCUGCUAAAUGACUAAAAUGUAAAUGUAAACUAAACGACUGAAGUAGCUUUACUCAAGACCUGUGUCUUCCAGACUUCAUUUGUGAAGCAGCCACAGCACAUUGACUGGUUGCCAUUUUGUUUUCCAUGUAGACAGAGAUGGUUCUAUUGGAUGUGGUCAGACUCACAGCGGCUGUGUUUACCUUCCCAUGCAGGUUCCCCGGGAGAAGAGAACAAUAUCUCAGACCAAGACAGACUCACUGGGCUCUGAUGUGGAUCCCAACAAAAGGUAUAUGUAGGUAUAACAUCCCUUUUACAAACCAGAAUUUGCCAUGGUAAUGCAUUUUAGCAUUAUGUUUUGUUUCUGUGUGUGUGUGUGUGUUGGUUGGUUGAUAUCCACGCGAUACCCACGCCCCACCUGUCUAUGGUCCUUAUUUCAUAUUAAACCAAUGACAUUUUACCUGCCCUGUUUUUUUUAAUUGUUAUUUUUAAUUGUUCUUGCUCAGGCACUUGAUGACCCCCCUGCAAGAGACUUCCAUGGCGUCAGCGGAGAGCAGGAUCCAGGUUCUGAAGGGCCCCUUUAACAUCCUCCUGCCCAACCAGCUGCAUGGCCAUGACAACAAGAGGGGAGUCCCUUUCCCCUCCCCAGACACCACUGUCACCGUCUCCAUCGCCACCGUCCCCAACUACCCCAAUGUCAAGAUGGAGGGGCCCUCCAACAGCUUCUCUGUCACAGUCCCCAACCACUGCUCUGAGUCCGACAGCCACACGGUGGAGUUCGCCCGGCAGCUCACCCACAGCCAGUUCAGCCCCAGCACCCAGUCCCGAACCCCCGACUCCACCUUCCCAGAGAACUAUAAGGACGGUCACCAAGAGGUGUGUAAACAUGCUCAACAACAAGGAUCCAAUAGCCUUUUCUCUCAUCUAAAACCCCCCAACCCUCCCCCACUUUCAGAUCUCUCUCUCCCCCGUCAGACAAUACCCCUUUUACCUGAGCCUCUGGAGCCUACAACAGUGGAUCUCAGCCCUCCCUGUUUUAUUUGAAUAUGCCAAAAUAGCGGACCAGCGUGUUAUUAUGCCAUUGUCUGGCCUACACAAUAAAGUGCUGUACUAUUUCCCCCCUACAAUAGCCCAGGCCCUUUCUCUCUCCUCUCUCUCUUUCUCUAUUUAACCUGGAGGGGGAUUACCUUGAAAAGGGAUAACCCAACACAACCCCCUUCACACAGGGGGAGGGAGGGAGGGAGGGAAGGAGAGAGGGAGGGAUUGGAAGGGAAGUGGUUUGUUUCCCCUUCACUGAAAAAGAGAGAAAGCGGGCAAGAGAGAGGGAGAAAGAGAGAGAGAGCUCCCUUGACUCCCUUUAACCCCUGAAAGCACUAGCUACAGCCUCGUCAUGGAUGCUUGUCUAAAUCCAAGCCCUCUCUCCUCUUUGUGUGCCGCAGGUGUUCUCCUUCCCAGGGGAUCUCCAGUUACGCCUGGCCUCCAUCGCGCCAGAGGAAUACACCGCUUUUGACACCGUGCCGGGGUAAGCCCGCCGGCCGCCCGCUGUCGCCAUUCAGGCCCUGAUAGAAGACUACUGAAAAUAGCCUCAUUCACCACAGUCACCUGGGAGUCACCAGAUUCCCUCAGUGUAAAAGGCACAAUGCCAAACAACAGGGCCUCUGUGACGCUACGAGGAGUUUGGGUCACGAUCAAGUCAAUGGGAAGGGAUUGAUGAGUGGGGCCUUAAUGUGAAGGCAUACCCUUUCCAUAUCCUGAAAUCCAGACCUGUUUUGUGCCAAACAUAUGACACAGAGUACAAGGAGUGGAAUGUCAGCACAAAACAGGUCUGGAUUUCAGGCUACUCUUUCCCUAAAGGAAAAUACAAAUGUACUAUUGUAACCAAUACUUAUUUCUCUAUUAGGAAUAAUUUUGAGUACACCCUGGAGGCGUCCAAGUCGCUGCGUCAGAAGACAGGUGACGGCACCAUGACGUACCUGAACAAGGGUCAGUUCUACCCUAUCAGCCUCAGGGAGAUGGACAACAGCAAGCAGCUUCACCACCCCAUCAGCAAAGUCAGGGUAAGACCACACCACAAAGCUAGCUAGUCUCAUUGUUGAAGUACCAAUACAUGAUAUGAGUAGGUCUCAUGUUAAAGAUACCUCUGGUGAAAGGUUAGACAGAAUAAACAGAGAAAUCUUAGGCGAGUUGGUAGCUAUUUUGCUAAUAGUAGCUUUUAGCUACUAACAGGUCUGAUCUCGUUAAAUUGAAUGUGUCAGUUGAGCUAACAUGUUUGAUGGCCCUGGGAUUGUGUGCUCCAUUUCAGAGUGUGGUGAUGGUGGUGUUCGGGGAAGAGAAGUGCAGAGAUGACCAGCUGAAGCACUGGAAGUACUGGCACUCCAGACAGCACACAGCCAAGCAGAGGUGUCUUGAUAUUGGUAAGAGCCCAUGCUACUGGAGUCUACAUCACACACAUCUCCACAAUAACUCCUAAAGGGAAGUUUAAAGGACUAAAGAAUACAUUAAAGGCCUGAUUUACGGUGCGAAGCACAAGGAAAAACAAAACACUGGCUAAAACAUUCAUUGCUUUACCCUUUAAAAGUGUUAAUGAACCUGUUUUAUUACUUCUGGGAAAUAACAGGUGCAAAUUUCCCAUUACAAAUGCUUACUAAAUUAGGCCAUAGUUUCUUAUGUUACAUAAAGUCUCCAGAAGUACUUCAUGAAUGGUGACGAAUGCAUUUGAUCAUAUCUACCUAACACUCUUACCAUACCAUCCUGCACUGCCACUGAUUCACUGUUGUUCCCUGAAUUGUUGUGCAAUCAUCACCCUCCAUUUCCUCCCUCCUGUCACAUGCUGUCUCUGUCUCAGCUCAAGGAGGAGCAGGCAGCUAGCCAAGGAGCCAGACAGACAGAUCCACCCAAUGAACAACACAAACUGGGCCUGUAUUCAAAAAGUGUCUCAGAGUAGGAGUGCUGAUCUAGGAUCAGGUCCUCCCUAGUCCAUAUAAACUUAAUCUUAUUCAUUAAUACUCAUUGGUUGAAUCUUAACAAACCUCUUUAGAACAAUACACCUGAUUGGAUAAGGGAGGGUGAGAGUGUGGGUGGAAAUGGGACAAGGCCAGUUGCCCUGUUUGUUAAUAAUACCUGUGUAAACUGGGCUCCAUGGUGGCUCCCUGUCAGAACAAUCCAGUAACUUAAUUUUCUGGAGGUAGACUGAUCAAUCUUACUCUGCACGCACACACUGUGAAAAGAAAGCUUAAUUCUGCUUGACAGAGGAAAGUGUAUUGUCUCAUUUGCAGUCUGAAUUUGAUGGAAGGACUAUGGGCGAAAGGUGACUGUUGAUACACCCUGCUUGCUUUGGAUUAAAGUAGUCAGUCAGUCAAAAACGUAGAGGCGCCCUACUUAAACAGUGUGGUUUGUAGUAAAGGGCUAUAGGCCAAGGUGUGAGAGUGUAUUGGUGAUCCCUAGUAAGGAAGUUGAUUGUGAUUGGUCAGAACUUAAAGUUGGCGACCAAGCACCUAGAUUUCCGAAUUUCUCGCGUUAUUUUGUAAAAUGGCAGAGUGAAAAUGGCUCUGAAAGACUUGGAAGUACAAUAAUGCGAGACUAGGAGGCCAAUACCACAGAGGGAGCUUUUUUUAUCCACACCUUUGAGGAUCGACUUCACUAGUGUGGGAGCACAUUCUCAGUACUUGUAUCUAAAACAAGCUACUGACCUGAGCUUCAUUCUUAUGCAACGCUACUAAGACAAUGAAAUCAACCCUAUCCUUAUAAUAUUGUCAUCCUUCCUCCAAUAAAAUAUCAGAAGUCUCCUUCCACCACUCCAUACAUCAACUUAGCCAACUUACUGUAGUUUCAUAACUUAGCCACGACCGCAGCCCCUUUUCAUUGAAAGUCUAAUGUCAAUGCUAACAGUACAGUCCAUUAUGUGUCCUGUCGUUCCCAGCUGACUACAAGGAGAGCUUCAACACCAUCAGCAACAUCGAGGAGAUCUCCUACAACGCCAUAUCCUUCACCUGGGACAUCAACGAGGAGGCUAAGGUGAGAUACAGGAAACAUACCUUGGGUAUGAGGAAUGAGAGGAAAAAGGUGAAGGGAGAUGGAGAGAAAGUUGUAGGUCAACUUGUUUAUCCCUACAACACAUCAAAUCAAAUCAAAUGUGUAUUGGUCACAUACACAUAUUUAGCAGAUGUUAUUGCUGGUAUAGCGAAAUGCUUGUGAUCCUAGCUCCAACAGUGCAGUAAUAUCUAACAAUACACACAAAUCUAAAAGUAAAAUAAUUAGGAAAUAUAGAAAUAUAUACAGUACCAGUCAAAAGUUUGGACACACCUACUCAUACAAGGGUUUUUCUUUAUUUUUACUAUUUUCUACAUUGUGCAAAGCUGUCAUCAAGGCAAAGGGUGGCUAUUUGAAUAAUUAUAACACUAUUAUUCUACAAAAUAAAGAAAAACCCUUGAAUGAGUAGGUGUGUCCAAACUUUUGACUGGUACUGUAUAUAUAUAUAUAUAUACUGUAUGUGAUGGGAUGUAUAGACAUUGUGGACAGCAUAUGGAUAUAAUAUAUAGUAUAUCUGAAGGAUAUGUAGGAUAGAAUAGUAUAUGUGGUCAGAUGAAGCAGAUGCUAAGCUACAGGACUGUUUUGCUAGCACAGACUGGAAUAUGUUCCGGGAUUCUUCCGAUGGCAUUGAGGAGUACACCACAUCAGUCACUGGCUUCAUCAAUAAGUGCAUCGAUGACAUCGUCCCCACAGUGACUGUACAUACCCCAACCAGAAGCCAUGGAUUACAGGCAACAUCCGCACUGAGCUAAAGGGUAGAGCUGCCGCUUUCAAGGAGCUUAUAAGAAAUCCCGCUAUGCCCUCCGACGAACCAUCAAACAGGCAAAGCGUCAACACAGGACUAAGAUCGAAUCGUACUACACCGGCUCCGACACUCGUCGGAUGUGGCAGGGCUUGCAAACUAUUACAGACUACAAAGGGAAGCACAGCCGCGAGCUGCCCAGUGACACGAGCCUACCAGACAAGCUAAAUUACUUCUAUGCUCUCUUCGAGGCAAGUAACACUGAAACAUGCAUGAGAGCAUCAGCUGUUCCGGAUGACUGUGUGAUCACGCUCUCCGUAGCCGAUGUGAGUAAGACCUUAAAACAGGUCAACAUUCACAAGGCCGCAGGGCCAGACGGAUUACCAGGACGUGUAGUCCGAGCAUGCGCUGACCAACUGGCAAGUGUCUUCACUGACAUUUUCAACCUCUCCCUGUCUGAGUCUGUAAUACCAACAUGUUUCAAGCAGACCACUAUAGUCCCUGUGCCCAAGAACACUAAGGUAACCUGCCUAAAUGACUACCGACCCGUAGCACUCACAUCUGUAGCCAUGAAGUGCUUUGAAAGGCUGGUCAUGGCUCACAUCAACACCAUUAUCUCAGAAACCCUAGAACCACUCCAAUUUGCAUAUCGCCCCAACAGAUCCACAGAUGAUGCAAUCUCUAUUGCGCUCCACACUGCCCUUUCACACCUGGACAAAAAUAACACCUAUGUGAGAAUGUUAUUCAUUGACUACAGCUCAGCGUUCAACACCAUAGUGCCCUCAAAGCUCAUCACUAAGCUAAGGAUCCUGGGACUAAACACCUCCCUCUGCAACUGGAUCCUGGACUUCCUGUCGGGCCGUCCUCCAGGUGGUAAGGGUAGGUAACAACACAUCCGCCACGCUGGUACUCUACACGGGGGCCCCUCAGGGGUGCGUGCUCAGUCCCCUCCUGAACUCCCUGUUCACUCAUGACUGCAUGACCAGGCACGACUCCAACACCAUCAUUAAGUUUGCCGACGACACAACAGUGGUAGGCCUGAUCACCUACAACGAUGAGAGCCUAUAGGGAGGAGGUCAGAGACCUGGCCAGAACAGCAACCUCUCCCUCAACGUGAUCAAGACAAAGGAGAUGAUUGUGGACUAAAGGAAAAAGAAGAGGACCGAGCACACCCCCAUUCUCAUUGAUGGGGCUGUAGUGGAGCAGGUUGAGAGCUUCAAGUUCCUUGGUGUCCACAACACCAACAAACUAACAUGGUCCAAGCACACCAAGACAGUCGUGAAGAGGGCACGACAAAACCUAUUCCCCCUAAGGAGACUGAAAAGAUUUGGCAUGGGUCCUCAGAUCCUCAAAAGGUUCUACAGCUGCACCAUCGAGAGCAUCCUGACUGGUUGCAUCGCUGCCUGGUAUGGCAACUGUCUGUAAACAAUUGUUGGAAAAAUUACUUGUGUCAAACUAUAGUUUUGGCAAGUCGGUUAGGACAUCUACUUUGUGCAUGACACAAGUAAUUUUUCCAACAAUUGUUUACAGACACAGUAUUUCACUUAUAAUUCACUGUAUCACAAUUCCAGUGGGUCAGAAGUUUACAUACACUAAGUUGACUGUGCCUUUAAACAGCUUUGAAAAUUCCAGAAAAUGAUGUCAUGGCUUUAGGAGCUUCUGAUAGGCUAAUUGACAUAAUUUGAGUCAAUUGGAGGUGUACCUGUGGAUGUAUUUCAAGGCCUACCUUCAAACUCAGUGCCUCUUUGCUUGACAUCAUGGGAAAAUCAAAAGAAAUCAGCCAAGACCUCAGAAAAAAUAUUGUAGACCUCCAAAAGUCUGGUUCACCCUUGGGAGCAAUUUCCAAACACCUGAAGGUACCACGUUCAUCUGUACAAACAAUAGUACGCACGUAUAAACACCAUGGGACCACGCAGCCAUCAUACCGCUCAGGAAGGUGACACGUUCUGUCUCCUAGAGAUUAACGUACUUUGGUGCGAAAAGUGCAAAUCAAUCCCAGAACAAUAGUAAAGGACCUUGUGAAGAUGCUGGUGGAAACAGGUACAAAAGUGUCUAUAUCUACAGUAAAACGAGUCCUAUAUCGACAAAACCUGAAAGGCCGCUCAGCAAGGAAGAAGCCACUGCUCCAAAACCGCCAUUAAAAAGCCAGACUACGGUUUGCAACUGCACAUGGGGACAAAGAUCUUACUUUUUGGAGAAAUGUCCUCUGGUCUGAUGAAACAAACAUAGAAGUGUUUUGCCAUAAUGACCAUCUUUAUGUUUGGAGGAAAAAGGGGUCGCUUGCAAACCGAAGAACACAAUCCCAAACGUGAAGCACGGGGUUGGCAGCAUCAUGCUGUGGGGGUGCUUUGCUGUAGGAGGGACUGGUGCACUUCACAAAAUAGAUGGCAUCAUGAGGAAGGAGAAUUAUGUGGAUAUAUUGAAGCAACAUCUCAAGACAUCAGUCAGGAAGUUAAAGCUUGGUCGCAAAUGGGUCUUCCAAAUGGACAAUGACCCCAAGCAUACUUCCAAAGUUGUGGCAAAAUGGCUUAAGGACAACAAAGUCAAAGUCAAACUUCUGACCCACUGGGAAUGUGAUGAAAGAAAUAAAAGCUGAAAUAAAUAAUUCUCUCUACUAUUAUUCUGACAUUUCACAUUCUUAAAAUAAAGUGGUGAUCCUAACUGAGCUAAAACAGGGAAUUUGUACUAGGAUUAAAUGUCAGGAAUUGUGAAAAACUGAGUUUAAAUGUAUUUGGCUAAGGUGUAUGUAAACUUCCAACUUCAACUGUAGGUAGGUGUUUGUCUGCCGUUGAGGCCACAUUCUUUUACCUGUCAUCGCCAUUGUUUAGCUAAUGUGAUGCACAUACAAGGGAGGCCUUAGGGGCUAAGACGUGCCCAACAAUGGGAGUUGGAAUGAGGAAACGCGGCAGGGGGGCAGAAAACUGGAUUUGACAGCUAACGAUGGAAUCCUGUCCGACCGGGUUCGAGGGAAGAGCAGUAUUCCACUGUUCCUGACCAGUUUUUUUGGUCGUGAGGGAUGGCGUCAACUGCCAACCUCCCAGACGGUUGUGAGGGAUGGUGUCAACUGUCAACCUCCCAGACGUUUUAGCUAGCGCUUUGUGUUCGUGUAGUGCUAUGACACUGCUACUGUUGAUUGUUCGACUGUAACCUGGGAUGUUAACACAAUUAGGCUAACAAAUAGACGGGCAGACAAGACAGUACCGCAGUUCAUAAAUCCCUUGGAUCCCCUGAGGGAGACACACACAGACACACACACAUAACCAGGAUGUGGUCUUCUCGUCUCAUGACCCGAGGCCUGUGUCCAUAGGAUAGAGGAUGUUCAUCCUUGUGUGUGUGUACUGUGUAUAACCACCUGUUUGUACUGUGUAGAAUCACCUUUGUGUACCCACCACUCUGCCUGUUUGUUAGAACCACAGAUGAGCCAGGUGUAAGGUGUCACACUAAGGAUGAUGUGUAAGACUGAUAGGACACAUAGUCACUGCGUUUGUGUACGUAUGCGUGUGUGUGAAAGAUGCUUUACCUUCUCUCGUUGUGCCCCCUGGUGAUUUGAAACGUAGGCACACACAGUUUACUCUGAAGGCAGAAGUGAAACAGAAGUCAAAGCAGGAGCAGCCUUUCCCAAAUGUUGACACCCUUUGGGUUUCUUGAUAGGACAUACUCCUAGGAUCAUGAGAAUAGGUCAUUAUAUGAUGAGAUCACCUUUACUGAAGAUGAGUAAUUGCAAAAACAUUUAAAUGGAACAUGUAGCUCAUGAGACUAUGUUGCGCCAGACAUGACUUUACAUGAAGUAAGCCAUAUAGUUACUUACUACUUUGGUUAACCGGUCGGCUAUUUGAUUAAACCAAGCAUCUCAUUUAGAAAACUAGUUCAAUUCAGCUUAAAAUUAACUACAAAAUGUAGUUACUAUAUAGUUACUAUGUGAUUAUAGAAAUAAAUUAACAGUUGUCACUACAUGAUAUCUGUGCAAACUUGCAGUUAACGUUUCUCAGUGGUUAUAAUAUUAAGUAAGCAUAUUGACAUAGUACUUUCUAAAGAAAGCGAUGUUUUGAAAUUGCUUUCAGCAACCUUCUUUUAGUGGUUGCUAGUAGAACUGAGUCAACAUGUAAUUACCACUGUCUGCCAAAAGAGGGAGACACACACUAGUUCAGUAAAGACUGCACGUACAAAAACAAGGAACCAGACAGAGAUUCUAUGCUCUUUGGAAUUCAGUGGGAGUGGAACCAGUGGGAAUGCUGUCGAAAAAAUAUGACCUAAUUUACUGUGCAUGGAACAUCAGUCAUUGACAAAGAAUACAAUCCAAUUUCACCAUUUGCAUUAUUUUAGCUUUUUUCUACAACUAUAAAAAUAAAUUUCUAUACAGAAUAAACAGGGUCUAAUGCCUUAAGUGUAAGAUACUGUACCAUGCGUUGUGCACAAUCACUAUAGUGUUUAACAUAGUGAGGCAAUGGUACACAAAUCCCCCCCCCCACACACACCAUUUGUUGUUAUGCAUGGUUUUAAGGUACCUGAAUUACUCAACAAAUAAAAUUCCCACUGAAAAAACAACAUCCUGAAUCUUCCUCCUCUUCCUCCUCCUCUUCCUCAGAUCUUCAUCUCGGUCAACUGCCUAAGCACAGACUUCUCCUCCCAGAAGGGGGUGAAGGGCCUUCCACUGAAUCUGCAGAUAGACACCUACAGCUACAACAACCGCAGUAACAAGCCAAUCCACCGGGCCUUCUGCCAGAUCAAGGUGUUCUGUGACAAGGGAGCUGAGAGGAAGAUCAGAGACGAGGAGAGGAAGCAGUCUCGCAGGAAGGGCAAGUGCACCGACCUCACCGCCAGUAUGGGAGCAUGUGAGUGCCCACUGAGCAUAGACACAUAGAAAUGAGCAUAGACACAUAAACACACACAGGCGCAAGCACACACAUACACACACAAUAAUAUACUGAACAAAAAUAUAAACGCAACAUGCAACAAUUUCAAAGAUUUUAAUGAGUUACAGUUCAUAUAAGGAAAUCAGUCAAUUGAAAUAAAUUCAUUAGGCCCUAAUCUAUGGAUUUUACUUGAGAAUACAGACAUGUAUCUGUUGCUCACAGAUAACUUUUUUUGAAAGGUAGGGACAUGGAUCAGAAAACCAGUCAGUAUCUGGUGUGUCCACCAUUUGCCUCAUGCAGUGCAGCACAUAGAGUUGAUCAGGCUGUUGAUUGUGGCCUGUGGAAUAUUGUCCCACUCCUCUUCAAUGGCUGUGCGAAGUUGCUGGAUAUUGGCGGGAACUGGAACACCCUGUCUUACACAUCGAUCCAGAGCAUUCCAAACAUGCUCAAUGUGUGACAUGUCUGGUGAGUAUGCAGGCCAUGGAAGAACUGGGACAUUUUCAGCUUCCAGGAAUUGUGUACAGAUCCUUGCGACAUGGGGCCGUGAAUUAUCAUGCUGAAACAUGAGGUGAUGGCGGAGGAUGAAUGACACGACUAUGAGCCUCAAGAUCUCGUCACGGUAUCUCUGCGUAUUCAAAUUGCCUGCUACGUUGUCCGUAGCUUAUGCCUGCCCAUACACCCACCGCCACCAUGGGGCACUCUGCUCACAAGAUUGACAUCAGCAAACUGCUCGCCCACACGACGCCAAACACGUGGUCUGUGGUUGCGAGGCUGGUUGGACUUACUGCCAAAUUCUCUAAAACAACGUUGGAGGUGGCUUAUGGUAGAGAAAUUAACAUUAAAUUUUCUGGCAACAGCUCUGGUGGACAUCCCUGCAGUCAGCAUGCCUAUUGCAUGCUCCCUCAAAACGUGAUACAUCUGUGGCAUUGUGUUGUGUGACAAAACUGCACAUUUUAGAGUGGCCUUUUAUUGUCCCCAGCACAAGGUGCACCUGUGUAAUGAUCAUGCUGUUUAAUCAGCUUCUUGAUAUGCCACACCUGUCAGGUGGAUGGAUUAUCUUGUCAAAGGACGAAUGCUCACUAACAGAGAUUAAAAUAAAUGUGUGCACAAUAUUUGAGAUAAAUAAGCUUUUUGUGCGUAUGGAAAAUGGGACCAACACUUUACAUGUUGCGUUUAUAUUUUUGUUCAGUGUUAUAUGAUCUAUUCUUGCAACGAUACACAUCAACAAGGCUCAUCAUUUGUCAUUUUCGACCCCCCCCCCCCCCAUAGAUGGUGACGUCAAAGUCCCUCUUCUUCAGAAGCGUAAUGAUGUCACAACCUUCAAGAUGAUGACUGACUUUGAGACUCAGCCGGUUCUCUUCAUCCCUGACAUCCACUUCUCCAACGUCCAGCGCCAUGUGAGUACCCCUAUACACUGAUCUAUGGUCCGUCUUGCAUUUCACCUUCUAAUGGUGAAUGGUUAGGAUUUGGGCAGGGUAAGCUGACCCUAGAUAUGUAUCUUAAGGCAACUUCUACCCAGACAUGACAGGGUCAACAUCCUUGGCCAGGUAACCGAAUGCAGGGUUAUGCAAAGUAUGCAUACCACCUAAAUGUUAUGGGAUGGUACCUGUGACAUUCAAACUGAUAUUAAAACAGUUUAAUUUUCCUGAUAUACUGUAGGUGUGGUGAUAAGGCUGUUAUCAGAUUAAUUGGGACAAAAUUAUAAACGCCAACCCUUUUUUUAGCGGAUUCCAAAAAAUCUACCUGUGUAUUUGCAUUGGGCUGUAUGUAGGCUGCACAAGUGGACCACAACAGCCAUGCAUUUAGAAUACAUCGUAGUUAUACCUACUUAAUUGCCAUGCAAGUGCAAGGUAGAAUUUACUAUAGAGUACCGGUAAGUAUACAAAUGAUAUGUUUUGUGAUAAGAUAAGAGCACAUACUGUACUUGGUGCAGAUUCAAUGAUACAAAUCUUAUCAAAGGGCAUUUGAAUGCAACUCCCACCAGCCACUGACUACCAAAGAGUCCAAACCACCCCCCACCAUGUUUCCUUCAGACUUCUAAGAGCCCCUCAUUCUGACACUCCUUCACUAAAUACCAGGUGUUCUUUAGUGGGUGGAUAUCCCCCUAAGGCUAUCUUACUUUAGAGUGUAGAGGCUCUGCCUAUGCAUUGUUAAUAGAUGAGUUAGAGACCCAACCUUAGUGUUUGAUGUCCAAGCCCUGAACACCAUUGAUGUCCAGGGAUUUUAAGGGGAUCUGCUGUGCAUUAUGGGGGAUCAAAAUUCCAGAAACUUUCACAAUAUUCCCAGGUUUUAUGGACUUUUGAAAUCCUAUAGGGGAAUGUGUUAUGUCUGUGCCGUGUUGUGACCCUGCAUACCCAGCGCUCCUCCUAUCGGUCACUCCUCCCCAGCUGGUAGGGUCAGGGUGUGAGUCAGAAGACAUAUUCCAGACACCACACUCUGGAUCAUUGCGUUAGAGCUCGCCACUCAGAGAGUGGUACUAAGCAGGGGUUGGAACAAAAAUUAUUUUCCAAUCGUUUCAUUCUGAACAGAACCAUUCUUUUUUUGGUUCCGUUCCACUGUUCCGACCAGCAAAAUGAAGUUCUGAACUGGUUCGAACCCAAAAAUAGUAGCGGUUUAUAUUGUUCCUUUCUAUUCCUUUUUAAACCUUUGAAAUACAAUAUUUUGUACAUUUAGCUCGACAUUAAAUUACUUCACCAAUCAUUGUGGCUAGAGCCGCUUGCUAUGGAGUGGGCAAGCUAUUUACAUGCAUUGAACAGACGAGUGUAGGGCGCAAGAUGCAACUAAUAUUUUGCAGGUGGGGAGAGAGCGAGAGAGGUUGGAGGAGGAGGCUUGGCUUGAAGCGCUGGGCAUCUUGUUGUUAUGACAUGCAUUAAGAUGUGCGUCACAUUACGUGGUUCCCGGUGGGUAAAGAGUUUCACAACUCCUACUCAGCACAAGGUGACCUCAAGCCAACCAAAACUCACAGGCUAGACUUGCCAAUUGGCCAGGACUUUGUAAUCCUGUAAUAUCAUGGGAUCAGGGGUUAUUCAGACUGGGACUUUCCAGUGUGUUCUAAUAGGGGGAGAUAGCCUUGGGAUUGGCUGAUGUGUGUGUUUAUGUGCCAAAGAUCUUACAUGGUGCUUCAAUGAAUCAAAACAUGUUUGGAAUCACUCUUAAGCAUGUAUAGCAGAUUAAAAAAUAUAUACUUUUAACGUAAUUGAUUAUUUUAAGCCCGGUGCUCUUUGAAUAAGGCACCUAAUACAUUAUGUCUAGAGUAGACUGCACCUGUUGCACUUGUGACUUGGUUUGACACCAAGGUGAGAGGAGACAGAGGGUAGUGUAGCUCUGUCUGUCUGCGUGUGGUAUGUCAGGUCUCUCAACAUUACCCAACAGCACACCUCUAGCAGUGCUCCCAGCCAGCGUGACAUAACAUGGCCUUCAGGUUGGAUGCAGGAAGCAUAGAGUGAAGCAUUUCCCCUUGAUUUUUAGAGCCAAGAAUAUACAGAGUCAAUCUAACAUGUUUUUAGGUCUCAUGUUGAGACCAAAUGUUCCAGGGCCCUGUUUGAACACUAGCAAUGGAUUCUUCCUUCCUUCCUGCUGUGAGGUCAUCAGAAAUCAGACCGAAUUGGUGAAAGCCACAUUUACUUCUUCAACCUCAAUAGAUCACUAAUAUUUCAAGGAAAUUAGUAAGGAAGGAUGGUUUAGUAUAUAACAGGGCCCAAGUCAUUGCAAAGCUCUGAGAAUGUUGUCUGUACAGUGGGUAUGUUGCCAACAUUGGGGACCAGGAUAGACAGUGUUGUUUUGCUGAGACAUUUUCAGCUUCCAUGAAUUGUGUACAGAUCCUUGCGACAUGGGGCCGUGAAUUAUCAUGCUGAAACAUGAGGUGAUGGCGGAGGAUGAAUGACACGACUAUGAGCCUCAAGAUCUCGUCACGGUAUCUCUGCGCAUUCAAAUUGCCUGCCACGUUGUCCGUAGCUUAUGCCUGCCCAUACACCCACCGCCACCCUAUUGGCUACAGUGGCACCAGGGUCCUGUUCAUUAGGUUUAAAUGUUUAAAAACAUAUUAUUGCAACAGAAAACAAAAAUCUGUGUUUCUCAUUGGUAGUGUUCCUCCCUGUUUCAGUCCGUUUGGUGCCUAAUGAACAUGACCCAGCUCAAUGAGUUCACUGAUUUCUGGGCCACAUGGCGCUACUGAGCUGCAGAGUGGACUGAGCUGAAAAUAAACCUUUCCUGUUUACUUUUCUGAUCCAGCCUGGAGGGAAAACAUUUAUUUUGGUGCACAAUUGGCAGUUGGAUCCAAAAUAGCAACCCAGUAAACCUCCAGCACAUUUAUCUGUGACUGAUUAGCAGGGUGACUGGGUUUCCUCUGAGAAUAGCCUACAUUGAUUUAGCUCUGGUCCAGGUCGUUAGUGCGCUCUGCUCCACUACAUAGUAGAGGGGUGCACACUAACAACCUGGACCAGAGCUAAUAUUGAUUAUAGCACAAGUUACCGGGUUUGUCGGUUUCAGAGAAAUAUCACUCCUCUUGUGCUGCAAGAAUGGCCUGAACAAGAAAAUCCUAUAAGUGUGAGUCAGAAUAAGUAAAGUAUACCAGCUGUAGCUCAGCUGGUAGAGCACGGCGCUUGAAACGCCAAGGUAGUGGGUUCGAUCCCCGGGACCACCCAUACACAAAAAUGUAUGCACGCAUGACUGUAAGUCGCUUUGGAUAAAAGCGUCUGCUAAAUGGCAUAUUAUUAUUAUUAUUAUUAUUAUUAUUAUUAUUAUUAUUAUUAUAUCCAAAACACUGUCAUUAAAUUUGAUUGAAGAGUUCCCCAAGGAUUGUUGUCACUGCCCACAAAGUCCAAUCGACCUAUUUUCUUGCACUUAUUUCCAAAUGCGGUCCAUAUCAGAUAAAAUCACCUCUUUGAUAUGUAGGAAUGUGUGUUUUCACCCUUGACCCAUAUCACUCACUUCUCUUUCUCACUCACUUCCCUUUCUCACUCACUUCUCUUUCUCACUCACUUCCCUUCUCACUCACUUCGUCUGUCACUCACUUCCUCCACUCACUUCCCUUCUCACUCACUUCCUUUCUCACUCACUCCCUUUCUCACUCACUUCCCUUUCUCACUCACUUCCCUUUCUCACUCACUUCUCUUUCUCACUCACUUCCCUUUCUCACUCACUUCUCUUUCUCACUCACUUCCCUUUCUCACUCACUUCCCUUUCUCACUCACUUCCCUUUCUCACUCACUUCCCUUCUCACUCACUUCCCUUUCUCACUCACUUCCCUUUCUCACUCACUUUCUUUCUCACUCACUUCCCUUUCUCACUCACUUCUCUUUCUCUCCAUGCAGCCCUUCUCACAAGAAGAUGGAGAGGAAAGGUGAGUUCCUGGAAACACACAUUUUACACUUGUUUGUCUGUAAUUUGAUUUAAGUGGGUGGAAAACGGCUGGAGAAAAUAAAGACAGUAUGGUCUAGGACCUUCCUGCCACUUCUCUGUGAGAGGGCCUGUGUGUGUGUGUGUGUGUGUGUGUGUGUGUGUGUGUGUGUGUGUGUGUAAACGCUCUAAGCCAACUUUUCGUGUGUGUCCGUAGCAGCUCGGGCAUGAAGAGAUUACCCUACGCCAAUGAGGAUGAGUUUGGUUCCCCUCCCAAUAAGCUGGCCAGAAUGGACGAGCCCAAGAAAGGUAUGAUGUCUGUAUGUGGGGUGUUUUUGUGUUCUAUUUUUUAUUUUCUUUAUUUUUUUACCUUUAUUUAACCAGGUAGGCCAGUUGAGAACAAGUUCUCAUUUACAACUGCAACCUGGCCAAGAUAAAGCAAAGCAGUGCGAUAAAAACAACAACACAGAGUUACAUAUGGGAUAAACAAAAACGUACAGUCAAUAACACAAUAGAAAAAUAGAAAAUAUAUAUACAGUGUGUGCAAAUGUAGUAAGUUAUAGAGGUAAGGCAAUAAAUAGUCCAUAGUGGAAAAUAAUUACAAUUUAGUAUUAACACUGGAGUGAUAGAGUUGCAGAAGAUGAUGUGCAAAAACAGAUACUGGGGUGCAAAUGAGCAAAGUAAAUAACCAUAUGGGGAUGAGGUAGUUGGGUGGGCUAAUUACAGAUGGGCUGUGUACAGGUGCAGUGAUCAGUAAGCUGCUCUGCCAACUGAUGCUUAAAGUUAGUGAGGGAGAUAAGAGUCUCCAGCUUCAGAGAUUUUUGCAGUUCGUUCCAGUCAUUGGCAGCAGAGAACUGGAAGGAAUGGCGGCCAAAGGAGGUGUUGGCUUUGGGGAUGACCAGUGAGAUAUACCUGCUGGAGCGCAUACUACGGGUGGGUGUUGCUAUGGUGACCAAUGAGUUAAGAUAAGGCAGGGAUUUGCCUAGCAGUGAUUUAUAGAUGACCUGGAGCCAGUGGGUUUGGCGACAAAUAUGUAGUGAGGGCCAGCCAACGAGAGCGUACAGGUAAUAAUGGUGGGUAGUAUAUGGGGCUUUGGUGACAAAACGGAUGGCACUGUGAUAGACUACAUCCAAUUUGCUGAGUAGAGUGUUGGAGGCUAUUUUGUAAAUGAGUCUACUGUUCGUUGUCUGUCUGUGUGUGUGUGUGUGUGUGUGUGUGUGUGUGUGUGCCCACCAAUACACUGUGUAUGCACUACUGAUAAGGUGUCUCACAGUCACUGUUUACCAUCAUCCCUGGUAUGAGACCAGAGAGAGGGGGAGGUAUGCAGAGGGAGGAGUGUGUUAUUGUGUGUGCGUGUGUGUGUGCGUGCGUUGUUGUGAAUGUUAUGGCUUGCUCCCUGAAGGCCACCUACCCUCCCUACAAACACUGCCCAUAGACAUAGAGGCACAUGACUCCUUAAGGCAUCUGCAUGCUUACCAAGCCGAAACAGUUUGGUAUAGUUUGUGCAUAUAUUAUGACGACAUUUUGUGACGUUUUUGUUCGUUUUGGACUUCGGUGAGGGUUUUUGCGCUGUUCGGGCACACACAUUUUUUUCUGGAGGCAAGCCGAAGUUCGGAGCCGAAGUCUACGCCCCUUCGUCAGUGAUUGGUCAACGUAGGGAUUCUUCAAUAAAGUCUUUGUUGUCAUUCAACGAGACAUGACUCGUUUUCAUGCACAUUUUUUCAUUGAGAAAUACUGCACCGAACAUCUUAGUUAGAUGUAAAAUUGCGCUACUAAGAUCUCUAAAAAUGUAUGACAAAUUUAUUGAGUUAUCUUUUAUUAAUUCUGACUAUUUUGAGGAAGUGUAUACUGACUACGGCGUCUCAAAAUGGACAAACAGUACUAUUGACGCUUUCUUCUCGUUUUUCAAGCGAAGGUCUUUUAAGGGAGUACCCAAGCACACUUGUUCGGUUCGGCUAGCCGAGUUUGGCUUGGCACCAGCCGAACUGAAUAAUGCUGACACCUUUAUUCACCCAGUCCCUGAAACACACUCAUGCUGUAUUCCCCCCUCCCGACGGCAUAACCCAAUAUCACUGUUCAUUCUCACCUCUCACUCACAAUUCACACACAAGGACACACUCUUCACCCUUCAUCAGCAUAUGGACACGCACGCAUGCAAGCACACACGACUUGCACACUGUUUGUAUUGAGAAGCUUUUAACGAAAAGGCUUUUUUAAAUGUAGUACGGGAAGCUUAGUAUAGCGAAUGAUGUCAUAGUCACCAUUGCAGAAACUUGAAGUCAGAACACACACCAGCCAGGUCACCCAUGAUACAAGUCAGUAUUCGACGUCCAUCCAUGUCUUAGGACGUCAGGAGAUGAUGCGGAAACCGACCAUUAGGGGCAACAGUGAGCGUUGUUACCUUCAAGUAGGUUUUGGUUUUGCUAGAGUGUUGUGGACGGGGAUGGUGGAUGGGCGUUGAUUCCAAAGGUUGCAAGUUUGAAUCCAGUGAAAAAAAUAAUUUUUUCCCCCAAUUUCGCUGCAACUUCCCAACGGGCUCGGGAGAGGCGAAGGUCGAGUCAAACCUUAACCCUAACCUUAACCAUUCAGAGUUAAUGCCUAAUCUUAAGAAUUUGGCGUUAAUACCUGAACUUAACCCUAACCUUAAAAAUUCGGAAUUAAAGCCUAAACGUAACCUUAAACACUUUGAAAUUUGACGUUUGGAACAACUUCGAAUUUUGACGUUUGAGAAACAUGGAUGAACGUCUAAUUCUGACGUGAGACUGUGAGAGCUGGUAGACACACACACCCUUGGUCAAAAUCCCCUUUACGGUCACUUGUACUAGGGCUGCCAAAUUCCCUUUGAUAUCAUAUCCAGUGUCAGUGAACCAAUAGAUCUAUUUAGAGCACAUCUAUUCUGAGUAUCAGGUUGGAGUGAAUGUGGGUGGACAGUGGGCAGCGUGGUAGAGUGCUUGAAUAUCCUCCACGUGUGGGAAGUUACACUCCAGCCCUACCUGAGCAGUGUGCUGCCUCGCUCAGGAUCACAGACUGGGGCUGAGUUUGACCAGGCAUCCUGCCAAUGCUAACCCAGAGGUCUGGGAAGAGGCUGGGCAGACAACAAAUCUCUGGUCUAGAGAAUGACUUGGUCUUCCCAGUACCAGAGUACCAGAUGGACCAGAGCCUUGAGUUUGGCCCCUUCCCAGACUGGAAUGUCCUGGGCUAGGGUGACAGGGGCAGGAGGUCAUGGGGGCAGGUUGUUGUUAGUUAUUCAUUGUGGUUUGGGUGUCAGACUGCUGUGUGUGUGUGCGUGUGUAGCAGGAGGAAGCGGUACUCGCUAGGCAAGCAGCGUGACGUCCGUUGCACGUAUGCGUGUUCACGUGCAUGUGUGUGUUUGUGUGUGUGUACGUAUAUGUGUGUUUGUGCGAAUGUGUAUUACUGUCCCAGAUCUGAUAGAACACUGUGAGGUAUGGGUCACUUGAGACAGGGUCAUAGUGAGAAUCUCAGUUCAAACCCACAUAAAGGGCCUCACCACCAGUCAGGCUGCUUAGCAGAUAUCUGACUCUGCCAAUAAGUUCAUGUGCUGUGUGAUUUGGGGUGUGUGUCCUGCUAUGACUUUGGUUUUGCGAAACCUAGCCCCAUUUGAGUGUGUUUGUGUGUAUAUUUAUGUAUGUUUGUGUAUGUGUCCCUGUGUGUGUGUGUGUGUGUACAUGCCUGUGUGUAUGUGUGAUCAGUAUGUCUCACUGUACCCCUCCUCUCUCCUAUGUAGUUCUGCUGUAUGUGCGUAAGGAUACCGAGGAGGUGUUUGAUGCUGUCAUGCUGAAGAACCCCACACUGAAAGGCCUGGUGGAAGCAGUAAGUUUCUACGCAAUACAACUAGAGCAUAAUAAUAUAAUAAUAUCAUAAUAUUAUAGUAAUAACACAGUAAUAUGGCCAUUAAGCCCUAAGUGCUUUACAGUUAAUCGUCAUUGUAUGUGGCCCAUGCAGGAAUCAAACCCACAACCCUAGUGCAAAAACAUGCUCCAAACAACUGCAGGUUCAGAACCACAAUCCUCCACUAAAGUUUAUGAAACAGAUCACUUUUACUCAUAAAGUCAAACUUCACACCCACAGAACCACCAUGAUAGUGGCUUAGAAACAGGGUGAGCCUGUCCCUAGUGGGGUUUCAUAGGGUCAGUCAGGGAGGGACACCCAGGGAGACAGCCAGACAUAUGGUGUAUGUUAUGGGAGGCUGGUCACAUCGCAUCACUCCAGUGACACUAGUGUGGGUGGCUCUGUUUGUGUCACGGCCCAUUCUGCCACACAAACUCCUCUAUCGUCUACCCUGAAAUUACCCAUGGCCACUAUCUAUCUCGCUCAGCUUGAUUAUCAUAAUUCAAGCCAGCAUCUCAGAGAGAGCGAGAGAGACAGAGAGGAGACACAACUCAACCUAGAUGAUUAUUUCCUAGAAAUGGAGGGACGGAUGGAGAAAGAGAAAGGGGGGUGCCCAAGGAGGACAGAGGCAUUACCACGUGUAGGGUCUCCCUUCAGGUGGGGGGCCAUGGUGGCUAUGGUUCUGAUUAGGGGGUCUGUCUGGCGUAGUGCACUAAGACAAAGGGUAUAGUGGACAUCCCUCAGCAGGGGACACCAGGCUGUGGGGAACUCAACAUGGGUCCCCAACCGCCUCCACAACAGGCCAAAUGAGUUGUGACAGGGCCUCUUAGUUUCCCGGGGAGGGGAGAGUGGGCAGCUGGGGGCAAAGGGUGGCAAAGAUACCAUCAUAUGUCUCUUCCCAUUUCUCUUCUCUUUCCUGGUUGAAUUUUGAUUAAUUUGUUAGGGUGAUCUUUUUUUUAUUCAUAGAAGAUGGAAAACAAAACAUUAAGGCAUUGUAAAAAAGAUAUAUAUAAUGGAGUUAUUGAGUUACAUUAUAAAGGAGUUAUUGAGUUACAUUAUAAAGGAGUUAUUGAGUUACAUUAUAAAGGAGUUAUUGAGUUCCAUUUUAAAUAAUAAAAAAAACACACAAAAAAACAACAAGUAUACAACAUAAUGUUACUUCAAAACAAAGCAAGCACCAGACCUAGGUUCAAAUACUAUUUCAAACAUCUCAACCACCCUCACAUACAUUGUCUCUUCUUUCAAACAAGAGACUACUGGAUAACAAGUCUUUGUUGCUCCGCUUCUUCUAGAUAUCAGAGAAAUACAACGUGCCGCUCGAGAAAGUGGGGAAAGUCUACAAGAAAUGCAAGAAAGGGUAAGAGGUUCACAUCAAUGGUUAAGUUUAUUUACCAUGAUUAAGAUCAUUCUACAACAAGUAAACGUUAUAUUUGUGGAGAAUCAGGCUUUUUAUGUAUUACAUUAUGUAUUACAUAAUAAGAUAAUAACCAUGGAAAUAGACUGACUAGAUUCUAUUUCUAGGAUACUGACAUCCCUAUCUGUCCCUCUAUUAGGAUUCUAGUCAACAUGGAUGACAACAUCAUCAAGCACUACUCCAAUGAAGACACCUUCCAGAUCGCCAUGGAGGAGCUAGGGGGUGUGUACAAACUCACCCUGACUGAAAUCUGAUUGGCCCAAAGGGAGGGGUGGGGAGUGAUUGACACUGUCACCGCCCAGUCUACAUAGAGUGUGGACAUUGGGCAGCUUGUAAAGUUGUUGUAAAUGUAAAGAAAUGUGGUUUACACAUACACAUACACAUGGCCUUAGCCCAGUCACCGAACAUGAACAGAAUGUCUCUGACACUAUUCGCAAUAUCUACAGUCCACUAGCAUGGUUCCAGAUCUGUUGUUAUCAGUCAUGCCAAUGAUCAUUGCAGUUGUCGAGACAGCAUAAACUGAUCUGGGACAAGGCUUAACUGUCCACCUGUCUGAGAGACAGUGUUCUUUGUUAUCUGUAAGGUCACUAAGCCAAGUUACAAAGCCACUGCUCUUAUAUGAUGAUGGCAUUGUGUCGAUGGCUUGAUGUAGACUUUUGAUACAUUUUGUGUAACUUUUAUAUAUAAGAAUCGAGUGUAACAAGAAGCCCUCUUCGUUUUGUAAUAGCUAUGUAAUAUAUGUAUGUAAAGGCCAUUUGAGAAUCUUUGUUACAGUACAGUAUGUGUGGCGUAUUUGUUGUGUGGCUAUAAUACCUGAUGCUAUGCAGACAAACCUUCUCUCAGUAUCUUUGUGUUGUUCAUGGAAUACGUAAGAGAAACAGGCUAAUAAUGCAUUGAUUUUGACAUUAGCAUUAGCAUCAUAGUAGAGUGGUUGGAGAUGCAUGCUAUCAUUUAGCCUGGUCCCAGAUCUGUUUG